GGAGGCGCGGCUCACGGCGCGGGCGGCGGGUGCCCGGGGCGGGGGCCGGGCUCCUCGGGGCAGCCGCAGGCCGGGCCGCCCCCGCCGCAGUUCGGCCUCUCCAACUCCGCCGCCAUCCGCGCCGAGAUCGGCCGCUUCGAGUCGGUGCAUCCCAACAUCUACGCGAUCUACGACCUGAUCGAGCGGGUGGAGGACCUGGGGCUGCAGAGUCAGAUUCGGGAGCACGUCAUCUCCAUCGAGGACUCAUUUGUGAACAGCCAGGAAUGGACUCUGAGCCGCUCGGUGCCUGAGCUCAAAGUGGGCAUCGUGGGGAACCUGUCCAGCGGCAAGUCGGCCCUGGUGCAUCGCUACCUGACUGGCACGUACGUGCAGGAGGAGUCCCCAGAAGGUGGCCGGUUUAAGAAGGAGAUCGUAGUGGAUGGUCAGAGUUACCUGCUGCUGAUUCGAGAUGAAGGGGGCCCUCCCGAGCUCCAGUUUGCCGCCUGGGUGGACGCCGUGGUGUUUGUCUUCAGCCUGGAGGACGAGAUCAGCUUCCAGACAGUAUAUAACUACUACCUGCGGCUCUGCAGCUACCGCAGCACGGCCGAGGUGCCCAUGGUCCUGGUGGGGACGCAAGAUGCGAUCAGUGCCACAAAUCCCCGUGUCAUCGAUGACUCCCGGGCCCGCAAACUCUCCAACGAUUUGAAGCGCUGCACGUACUAUGAGACCUGCGCCACCUAUGGCCUGAACGUCGAGAGAGUCUUCCAAGACGUGGCUCAGAAGGUAGUGGCCCUGCGGAAGAAACAGCAGCUCUCCAUAGGGCCCUGCAAGUCCCUGCCCAAUUCACCUAGUCAUUCGUCUGUCUCUGCUGCCUCUAUUCCUUCUGUGCACAUCAACCAGGCCACCAAUGGCAGCGGCGCCUUUAGCGACUACUCCUCCUCUGUGCCCUCCACCCCCAGCAUCAGCCAGCGGGAGCUGCGCAUCGAGACCAUCGCUGCCUCCAAUACCCCCACGCCCAUCCGCAAGCAGUCCAAGCGGCGCUCCAACAUCUUCACGUCUCGAAAGGGCACAGACCCGGAGCGGGAGAAGAAGGUGCCGGAGUGCAAGGCGGACAGUAUCGGCAGCGGGCGAGCCAUUCCCAUUAAGCAGGGCAUUCUCCUGAAGCGCAGCAGCAAGUCCCUCAACAAGGAGUGGAAGAAGAAAUAUGUGACGCUGUGUGAUAACGGAAUCCUCACUUACCACCCUAGCCUGCACGAUUACAUGCAGAACAUCCAUGGCAAGGAAAUAGAUCUGCUGAGAACAACAGUGAAGGUGCCGGGCAAGCGGCUCCCCAGGGCAACGACGGCGCCAGCCCCCAGCGCCAGCCCCAAAACCAACGGGCUUGCCAAGGAGCGGAGCAGCAUGCAGUUCCCAGGAGGCCCAGGUGCCCCUCACUCGACCAGCAGCACUUCCCUGCACUCCGAACGCUCCAUCAACUUGGUGGGCUUCAGCUCGAAGCCGGACAGCGUGCACCAGCGCUCCUACUCUGUCUCCAGUGCAGACCAGUGGAACGAGGCUGUGGUGAUCCCCGGCAGCUGUCCCAACCCCCCUAAUGGCACCGCAGAUGCUCUCAGCUCUAGCCCAAACAUGUCCAACACUGCGAGCCCGAAGCUGGAGCCGCCUCCAUCUCCUCAUGCAAACAGGAAGAAACACCGCAGGAAAAAGAGCACAGGGACAGCCCGCCCUGACGGCCCCAGCACAGCAGCAGAAGAGCAAGACGAGUCGUUCGAGUUCAUCAUCGUGUCGCUGACGGGCCAGACCUGGCUUUUUGAGGCCUCGACGUCUGAGGAGCGGGAGUUGUGGGUCCAGGCCAUCGAGAGCCAGAUCCUGGCCAGCCUCCAGGGCUGCGAGAGCAGCAAGAACAAGGCUCGGCUAGGCAGCCAGAGCGAUGCACUGGCCCUGCAGACGGUCCGCACUGCACGUGGGAACAGCUUCUGCGUGGACUGCGACGCGCCCAAUCCCGACUGGGCGAGUCUGAACCUGGGCUCGCUGAUGUGCAUUGAGUGCUCUGGGAUCCACCGUAACCUGGGCACCCACCUGUCCCGGGUGCGCUCCCUGGACCUGGACGACUGGCCUGGCGAGCUCAUCCUGGUCAUGACAGCCAUCGGCAAUGCGCUGGCCAACGCUGUCUGGGAAGGGGCGGUGGAGGGCUACCAGAAGCCGGGCCCCGAGAGCAGCAGGGAGGAGAAGGAGCGCUGGAUCCGGGCCAAGUAUGAACAGAAGCUGUUCCUGGCUUCACUGCCACACUCGGACGUGCCCCUGGGGCAGCAGCUGCUGCGGGCUGUGGUGGAGGACGACGUGCGCCUGGUGGUGAUGCUGCUGGCCCAUGGCACCAAGGAGGAGGUGAACGAGACAUACGGGGACGGGGAUGGGCGAACGGCGCUGCACCUCUCCAGCGCCAUGGCCAACGUUGUCUUCACACAGCUACUCAUAUGGUAUGGGGUGGACGUGAAGAGCAGGGACGCCCAUGGCCUAACGCCCCUGGCAUACGCCCGGCAAGCUGGCAGCCAGGAGUGUGUCGACAUCCUCCUGCAGCAUGGAUGCCCGAGCGACAGCUCUGUCAGCACGCUGACCCCCAGCCUGCCCCGCCGCAACGCCAACAACUCCUGCUCGGCAUCCCCGGCUGAGCUGGGCUCCAGCCCCAGUGUCCUCUAGCCAUCCUGCCGGGCCGGCCUCCCGCUCCGAGCCGCAAGACAGUGGGGGCUCCCAGCCCCGCCAGACACUGCUCCUGGUGCCAGGGAUCUCACAGGAGCAGUGGGGCUGCCAUGGUGCAACCUGUGGCCAACACCCCAGCUGAACUGCUCCACGCGCAGAGGUGCCCUUGCAGGAGAAGGGGUUCCCCUGUCUGGCACCCACAUCCCGUAUGGGGAGGCAGUUCCUAUGCACCCCCUGCUCCCCACCUGGUACAGACAGUCCCUGUGUGCUCCCCCUCCCCCCCGGUACAGAGAGACAGUCCUUGUGCGCUCCUACCCUGUGCAGAGAGACAGUUCCUGGCUCCCCUCUACCUGGUACAGGGACAGUUCCUGCCUGCCCCCCUUCCCCCUGGUACAGAGAGACAGUUCCUGUCUGCCCCUACUGCCCCCUCAACUGGUACAGAGAGAGUCCCUGUGUGCCUCCUCCACCCCGGUGCAGAGAGACAGUUCCUGUCUCCCCCACUACCUGGUUCAGGGACAGUUCCUGUCUGCCCCAUCCCAUACAUGGAGGCAGUUUCUGUGCAUCCUUCCCUGCCCCCCCAUGGGUGCCAGGCUCAGGGGGCUGUGUGCAUGUUGGCUGGCAUCACUGUAGGAUGGAGCCCAGCUCCGUGCUGUGGCCUCGCUGCUUCCUCUGCCUACAACUGCAAAGGGAAUCGCCCUUCUGGGCAUCCGCGGCCCCUCGCUUGCAAGCAGGAGAGGAGAGGGACUGACCCGCUCUGGGACCCUCCUGGCUGUGUCUGUUCCCCUGGAGACUCCCUGGCCUUCCCCAUGGCUCGUGCCCAACUCCUGCUGCCCUGCCAGGGGGCUGGUCUCUGGCUGAGCGUGGGGAGGGGAGACAGGUUCUCUGGUGGCCUUGCCCGAGCCUACACCACGUGCUGGGCCCUCAGACUUGGGACACCGCUUCUGGGGUGGCUCCGCUAUGCGUGUAUAAAAUGUACAUUGGAAAUAUUUAUAUGGACGCACUGUAAAUACUGGUUCUUUGCCCUGUGUGUGUGACCUGCAGCCCAGGAGAUAACGGCCAAUAAA